AUGGCUGGAAUUUCUGCUGUGCUUCAGUUUGACAGUGGAUUGAAAACUCAGCAUAGCAUGAUGACCUUGGCUAAGAUACCACCCAAUGAGUAUACAGUGCAAGCAGGAAUAACUAAGGACAAAUUGAGAUUGAGAGGUGCUGCUAGAAAAGGCAGUGGAGCUACAGAAAAAGAAAAAAGUUAA